CCCUGUUACCGCCAAUUAAUCAGCUGUUUUAAAUUGCAUUUUUCGCUUAUACCAAUCAGAAAAUCAUCAAAAAAUAUUGUCUAUCUUUAAACGAGAAAAUUAAUUGUUUUGCAAACACAUUCCAAUUUAUUACUCAUUAGUGCUACAGUUUAUAGCAAGAGCUGCAAGCCAACAAGCUUUGGAAUUCAAAAAUGACGGUAGGAAGUGAGAGGAAGGAAGAAUAAAAACUGCUUAAUAAGUUAUUUGCACUGGCUGUCAUUAUUUUAGUAAAUUGUACAAUAUGAAUUCAUUAACACGCCGCUGCGUCAGCAUUCUAUCGACACAGUUAUUAGUGCAGCAACAAAAACAACAGCAACUUCUGCCAGUCUUUAAAAGUCAGCUAAACAAUAAGGCAUACAGUCGGUGGCAUUGGAGUAAAGACAAUCCUAACUAUCACUACCACAUAAGGUCAGCAUUAAAGCGAAGGUUUUACCAGACAACGAAUACACCGGCACAACAACAACAACAUACGUUGUAUACAAAUCUUAAAUCAACGUGUAGCAUAUCAACAGCUGUUAAUAUGGGUUCGGCAAAUUGUAAAGAAUAUUCAACAACCACUUCGAAAAGGGUUGAGGAUGGAUGUGCUAAGCCGCAGGACGGCACCUAUCAGUCCACAACCGAAUGCGACAUGUCGGAAUACACAAGCGCCGUAGAGGUCUGCAAUAUCGAAGAUCUGCAGGAGAAUGAAAUGAAACAAUUCAGUUUCGAUGCAGACACCAAAGUGUUAGUGAUCAAGCAGGACGGACAGAUAACAGCGAUUGGUAAUAAGUGUACGCAUUAUGGCGCACCACUGCAUACCGGCGCUUUGGGUCAGGGACGCGUACGUUGCCCUUGGCAUGGCGCCACAUUCAAUACGCGCACCGGCGAUAUUGAGGAUUUCCCCGGCUUGGAUUCGUUGCCUUGUUUCAUGGUGCGUGUGGAAAAUGAUGGUAAAGUGAAGUUGCGCGCCAAACGCACCGAUUUGGAGAAGAACAAACGGCUUAAGGAUAUGGUGAAACGUGAUAAGACCAACAAACAAUGCAUUGUAGUUAUUGGCGGUGGCCCAACCGCUGCCGUAUUCGUGGAAACUUUGCGACAGGAGGGCUUUACCGGACGCAUCGUUAUGUUGUGUCGCGAACCAUGUUUGCCUUAUGAUCGUAUUAAGCUCUCCAAGGGCUUAGAUUUCGCCUUGGACAAAUUGGAAUUUCGCACUGCUGAAUUCUAUGCGCAAUACGGCAUUGAGACGCUAGUCGGUGUGGAGGCGAGCAGUGUUGAUACAGUGGCUAAAAAAGUACAUUGCUCCAAUGGUGACGAGGUUAAAUAUGAUCAACUCUUAAUCGCUACCGGUUUGAGUCCCAGAAAGCCGCCCGUACAGGGUGUUGAUUUGAAAAAUGUCUUCACCUUACGUACCUAUGAAGACGCGCGUUCUAUAUUGGGAGCAAUAACACCGGAGACCAAUCUGGUUUGCGUGGGUGGAAGCUUUAUUGCAAUGGAAGUGGCGGCAUCACUAGUCAACAAAGUAAAAUCGGUCACUGUGAUAUUUUCUGGUGAGUAUCCAUUUGUCUUAUUCGGCGAUGCUGUCGGCCAACUUUUCUACGACCUGUACCGUGAGAAAGGCGUAAUUAUGAAAAAUCAAUGUUCACUAUCCGAAUUGUAUGGCAAUGCUGAGGGCUUUGUCAAUCAAGUAGAACUCAAUAACGGUACUAAAUUUCCUUGCGAUGUCGUCGUUUUGGGCACUGGCUCGACUUAUAACACUAGUUUCUUGGAAAAUUCCGGUAUACACAUGAAUCGUGAUGGCUCCAUUAAUACCGAUAUGCAUCUGAUGACGAACGUUAUUGAUGUCUAUGCCGGCGGUGAUAUUGCCAAUGCACCGAUUUUGGCGAAUGCCAAUCAACGCGGCAGCAUUGGCCACAUUCAAUUAGCACAAUAUCAUGGACGCGUGGCGGCGCUCAAUAUGACCGGCACCAUUGAAGAUUUGCGCGCUGUGCCAUUCUUCUUUUCGACUGUUUUCGGUAAGGGUAUACGUUAUGCUGGCUAUGGUCAGUAUGCCGAUGUGCUGAUCAAGGGUAAUUUGGAGAAUUUCAAAUUCGUUGCUUACUUUGUGGAUGACCAUGGUAAUGUGGUGGCAGUGCUGACAGUUGGUCACGAUCCGGUUGCGUCGCAAUUCGCUGAGCUGCUUAGUCAGGGCAAACGUUUGCAUCGCUCGCAUAUCGAGGAUGGUGAGGAUCACUUGAAGUGGACACAUAUGUUGGAUGAGAAGAAAGCGCGGGUACGCUGUGAAUGUUGAAAGACAUUUAAAGAGGCAUAUGAACAUAAUAAUAUACAACGAUUACAAAAAUGAAGUAUUACAAAUAAAUAAUAAUAAUAAACGUUAUUAAAUAAACGUACACACCAAAAACACUCCCAGUUGGAUACAUAUACAUAUAACUUAUAUGUUAUAUAUUCACACAUAUUUAUGUACAUACAUAUAUAUAUUUGCAUGUAAAUAUUUAAUACUCAAGAGGUCGGAAAUAAUAAAUUUGAAAAAAAAAAAAUAAAAUAUAA